UUGAUCUUGAAGAACAGAGAUCGAAGAAAAAAUCUCAGGACAUAUUUUCCCUCUUUUCCUCAGAGGUUUGAUUUAUUUUCUGCAAUUGAGAAUUCGAAGAAACAAGAUUAAUAAGAAAAAUGUGUGGAAUCUUUGCGUAUUUGAAUUACAAUGUGAACAGAGAAAGAAGGCACAUUCUUCAAGUUCUCUUCAAUGGCCUUCGUCGUCUCGAGUACAGAGGCUACGAUUCCGCCGGAAUUUCCAUCGACGACGACUACUUCUUGUCUUCUCCUCAAUCAUCCUCCAACGAUUCUCUGUCGCCUCCCCCUAUCGUUUUUCGCCAGGAAGGCAAUAUCGAAUCCCUUGUCAAAUCUGUGUACCAAGAGGUAGCUGCAACAGAGUUGAACUUGGAGAAAUCCUUUACUACACAUGCUGGUAUAGCACACACCAGAUGGGCUACUCAUGGGAAGCCUGCUCCAAGGAAUAGUCAUCCUCAGACUUCUGGUUCUGGGAAUGACUUCUUGGUUGUUCACAAUGGUGUUAUCACUAAUUAUGAGGUCUUGAAAGAGACCCUUUUUCGACAUGGAUUCACUUUUGAAUCUGAAACAGACACAGAAGUAAUACCAAAGCUUGCCAAAUUUGUUUUUGACAAAGCAAAUGAAGAAGACACAGAAGUAAUACCAAAGCUUGCCAAAUUUGUUUUUGACAAAGCAAAUGAAGAAGGUGACCAGACUGUAACGUUCAGUCAAGUAGUACUUGAAGUUAUGAGGCAUCUUGAGGGAGCAUAUGCCCUCAUUUUCAAAAGUCGGCAUUACCCAAAUGAGCUUAUUGCUUGCAAGCGUGGUAGUCCAUUGCUCUUAGGCGUGAAAGAAAAUGAUGAUGUCUGCAAUGGAUCAGCAUUCCAUGAUGCUAAAUUUCUCUUACAAAAUAGCAAUCCCAAGGAACUUUUUCUAUCAAGUGAUGCAAAUGCAAUUGUUGAACACACAAAGAAAGUUCUUGUCAUCGAGGAUGGUGAACUUGAAUCCGACUGA